AUGCAGAUCUCGAGGAGCUCUCACAACAACAAAAACAAAAGCCGAACGACCAAGAGCCAAGAGAAAGAGUCAAAAGACUUUGAGAGGAGCGGAGGACCAACAAGUGCCAAUAUGGAAGAAGGAUCCAACAAUGACGAUGGAGCUGGAGAAACCCCCACAGAGCCAGAAGAGAUGAAGGCAGACGACGAUGAAACAGAGAUAGAGAGCAAUGGAGAGGGACCUGCCAGCCCAGCUAACAAUAACGACGAAGAUGACGACGGUGACAAUGACGAAAAUGAGAAUGAAAAUGGGGCCAAGGCGGCCAAAUCUGGUAGUGCUGCUGCCAAGAAGAGGGACAGGUCAAAAGCAGCUGAAGUUGCCAAGAGAGGGACCAGCAAGCCAUACAUUGAGCUGGUUCAUGAAGCUAUUGUGGAACUCAAGGAUAGGACUGGAAGCAGCCAGCCUGCCGUCAUGAAAUAUUUGCUCGCAAAAUACCCCAAUCUGCAGACCAGUGCGCCCAACAAUCGGUUCAAAACACACGUCUUGGCGGCUCUCAAGUCAGGGGUCAAGUCAAAAAGAUUCAUCAAGGUUAGAGCAUCCUGGAAGAUCAAUGCAGAAUGGAAGAAGAAACAGGUCGCUGCGCAAAAGCGAAAGAGACUUCAGGAGGCAAAGAAGAAAAAGGAGUCUCGGGAGAAAAAGAAAGAGGAGGAACUGGAGAAUCAAAAGGAUCCUCUGCAAAAAAAGAUUGACAGUCUGCGAGCCAAGAAUCCUGACUCGGGAGAACUCAAAAAGCUCCUCGCGGAAGUGAAGCGCAAAGAAGAAGCGGAGGCACGAAGAAAGGUCAUUGCCGAGCGUAUCCGUAGAAGACGGUUUCCAAUGGAAGAUACCAAACUACAUGCCGAAGACAAGGAGCUUGGCGUCAAACCGCCAAAGGAAGUGCUGCCGAGGCCCAAUCUACCCAUAUUCUUUUCCUUGACACAGAAAGAUGUACAGCGUCCCAACACUAAGUAUACUGCAACGGCUUCUCGGUGCGAAGGACUAGAAAAGGGAAACCGGGGACUGGUCUCGGACCUGUUGCAAGUGUACCACUUCUUUCGUGGUGAUGUACACUACGUGGGAUCAGCAGAUCAUCCCAUCAUUCCAGAAUUCUCAUUGAAACACUUGAUUUAUGCCGUGGAUGACGUAUUGAGCCAAACAGCCAAACGGUCUCGCAUGGUGCCUCCUCUGAUUGUACAUUUGUUCGUUACAUGCUUGCAGUUGCUGACGGAACCACCAGAGGCUCAGAGCGAAGAUAGCCCCCACAGACGACAACUGCAGCAAGAUUUUGCCACCCACUUGAGAGCCAUGUUGUCGCCGACAAGUUGGGCCGAUGUUUGCUUCUUGUACAUGCACGCCAUUGAUCUGCACUUCAAAUCAGAAACCUCGGAGGAUAAGAACCUUCUGAAAGGCUUACCAAUCGACGCAGAAUACCUCCUUGGCCUACAUGAUGAAGAAAUAGCCAUGGAUCCAACUGAUGAGCUUGAGGGCUAUCAGGGUUUCCUGGGACCCCCAGAAGGUGUUUUGGCCAAAGCUCACGAAAAAUUGGGGCGACAAGACCCAUGGCUACAAACAGCCGAAGAACUGAUGGCCCUUCUGAGGGCUCUGACCGACGAGGUUCUUGCCAGGAAGCCUGAAAUUGGCGAAGACAUUUCCGGGCGCGAGGAAAAGAUGUAUGAGCUUCUAAAAGCGAAACGGGCGGCGGAUGCAAAGCUCCGAAAAGUGCGUCUCGCCUUUGAAGGGCCAAAGCAACCUCCAAAGAAACCGUCAGCGAACAACGAAGAAAGCAACAACAACAUGGACGACGAUGACAAGAGAAAGUCCGUGGACUCUAGUGGCGGGAAUGACGACAAUGGGCAAGGGAAAACUGAGUUUAAACCAACUGCAACGAAGAAGCAGUUUGAGGCCGCCAAGAAAGCACAGCAAAAAGCAAAUGAUGCCUAUGAAAAGGGUGUACGGAAUCUGAUGGCUCGGACUGAACCGAUUGGAAAAGAUCGCCUCCACAACGCUGUUUAUUGUUUCCGCCACGAUCCAGAAGUGUUGUAUGUGGAGGUGGCGAAACCAAUGGGGGCUACUGGGGCUCUUUCUCCAAAUUGGCAGAAUCAAAAGUUCACUUGGCACGUCAUUGACAAGAAGUCACUGUUUGAUGAAUACGAAGGAAGCCUGGACAAGCGUGGAAGGCGCGAGAAGGCCUUGCAAGAGGAGCUUACCGGUGCUCCUGGGACCCAACAAUCUUUGAGACGCUUCUUGUUUGAUGACGUCAAAGAAAAGGCAGCAGCCAGCGCACAGAAGAAAGAGAAAGAGGACCUGUUGCGUAAGAUGGAAAACGCCAAGCACAAGUGUGCGGAGGAGGAAGGGCGUCGUAGUGGACGGUUGGCCAGCCGAGCAGAGGAAGAAAAGGAGCAAAUUCAAGAAGAAAUUGACGAACUGAAUGAAAAGAUCAAGAACGGUGCUAGCGUCAAAGACCUGGACUACUUUGAACUGACGGGUCUAGAUCUGCUUCAAAAGUUCGACUCUGCCGGGAAGAUCGAAACACGCAGGUCUCGGGAAAAGAAGAAAAAGGCAGUAACGGACAACAAACUCCAGUCCAUGCAUUGUAGCAAAUUGUGCAGCACUGGUAAUAUCGACGGAACGGGAUUCUUGGGGAUGGUUGUGUCGAAAAUGUUGGAAGUUGAGGAGAUGUGUGAAUCCUUGGUGCCAUGGGACAAAAAGAACGUAGAGAGGAAGACGUGGGUCAUGGAACUUGAGAAUUUGGUGGCCGCCUGGAACGUGGCCAGUCCGGUGUUGAUUGGACCCUCGGACGACUCGUCUCAGCAGACUGCUUCUCCAAGACCUUCAAUGGAUAUGUCUACACCACCUUCCGGGCUGUCUGCGACCUCAAAAGGCACCAAGAAGCGCACUUCAACUGGGGGCUCGACGGCUUCGAAGAGAAUGAAAACAGAGGGCGAUUCCCCGCAGUCUUCCUCCAUGACGGUCUCACAGGCUGUAGCCAAGCUGAAGACUCCCUUGCUGGAUCUGGAGAAGCGUGUGUACCAGAUCACGGGACUUUCCAUGGCGGCGAGAGACAUGGCGAUUGCCGAUGAGAACAUGUCUGUGCAAGAGGAGGGAGGGGAGGACAAUGAGCGGGAGCGAAAGAAAAAGCUGGCCUGGAGAAAGCUAAUCCACAAACUUCGCAACGUGCCUUCUAAACGCCACGCCGUGGUGAAACAAAUCUUGGUGGAUGCCCUAGCCGCUGCCAGAAAGGCCAACCUGAAAGAGGUGGUUGGCGAGUUGAAAGACGCACUACUAGAGUACCACUCCACUGCGGCUGGAGCGUGCAAAACUGCCGCAUUGAAAGUCUUGGAUAGCCAUGGCGGUUACGACGACAGCGAGGAUGAUGACGACGAGGAAGACGAGGACGAAGAAGACCAGGAGAAUGAAGGUGACAAGAAAAAGAAUGAAGUAUCAUCCUCCCUUCAUUUGGAUGCCAUUAUUGUGAAUGGUAGCCUCGAUAGCAACUCGGAGGACGUCAACCAUGAUGAUUGGGUCGAGUACGUCAAGACAUGCAAGACAUUGUCACGAAUGGGAUCACUCGUCACUUCGUUUGCCACCCGCGCCAAAUCCAAACUAGGCAAGAUCCAAGAGGAACGCGAAACCUUGAUGGAAGCAGUGGCCGGUUGGGAAAAGGAAGAAGAGCGUCGUGCGAGGGCCAAGAACAAUGGCAAGGCGCCAACAACGACGAACAAUUCGGGGUUCAACAAGUUGAAAUCCUCCGAAGUGUGGGCGAAUGUGGAGUUUACGGAGGAGAUGGUCAUGGCAUCGGUGGAUUAUUACCCGUGGUGGCCCGCCAAGAAGUGCGUUCCCAAAGACGCGAGCCUGGAGGCAUCGUUGCAAUCAGCCGAACGUUGUUUGGUUUCGUUGAUUGGUGAGUCCGGAGGUCUUCGUGUCUUGAGUUUGGAUCAUGUACGUCCCUUUACGGGUGAACUGGUGCCAGACGAUGACACCGUCAUCAAGGACCUUGGGAAGGUGACUAAGGAGGUCAAGACGCAGUUGGAUGAAUGCAUGGCUAUAGCACGACGUCUGCAGCGGAGUCUGAACGGCAAGAAAGCCGGAAGGAAGCCUCCGGCUACCAUUGCCGUCAAGACCGAGACGGAAGUCAAGACAGAGAACGGCACAAAUAGCGUCAAGGCAGAGACAGGGGUCGAGCGAGCAGAGUCGGAUGUCAUGGCAGAAUCGGAUGUCAAGGCAGAGUCGGAUGCCAAGGCAGAGGAAGCCUCUACCGGUACUAGCUAA